AUGCGUUUCCAGCACUUCGCUAUGGCUGCUACUUUCUGUAGUUCGGCCUUGGGGAAAACAGCCGACCCAGCCACCAAUUUGGCAAUUCGAGACGUCGUCAAUGCGUUCUCCUUUGCGGUUGAUACUCGCCCUGUGCCUGAAUUCAACAGUAUCUUCACACAGGAUGCUGUGCUCAAUUUGACCAUCCCUGGAUCUCAGCAAACCGGAAUUGACAACAUCAACAAGUACCUGAUUACACUUUUGACGCAAUUUGAAACCCAGCAUAGUUUUGGCACUCAAAAUGUUGACGUCAACGCUGAUGGAACUGGUGCUACUGCCAUUACAAGUUUUAUCGGUUCUUUCUGGGACGUGAGCCAUUCUCCUCCCCUCUACGCGCAGUUUUGUCAACAAUUCAACGACACGUUGGUCAAAACGAAAGGGCAGUGGCAUAUUAGCCACAAGGUCGUCAAAUUUUUGACCCCAUCUUUGGGUAACCUUACCUUAUCGUGA